AUGAUUCCAGGAUACGAUCACUUUUUGGAAUUGAUGGGUGACAUUGUAGCCUCGAUUGCAGCAGUAUCCGAACAAAACAACGAGGAGGAGGACCUCCAUAUUUUGGUGAUUGGUCCAGGCUAUGGCGAGGAAAUGAUUGCCAUGGCAAGAGCUCUCCCCGACACUUCGCGUCUGCGUAUUACAGCCUAUGAACCCAGCGAGGCCAUGGUGGAAGCCUGUCGUCACAUGAUGGCACAGCAGGAGAAAACACUAUUGAAUUUGGCGGAUCAAGUGACCAUCAUCCCCACUGCAUUUGGUGCCACGACCAAAGACGAACGACAGUACCAUGUGGUGACCAUCUUGAAUGUUCUGCAUUUAAUGCCGCCGGAGGAACAAGUCGUCUUGUUCGAAGCCGUCGCCAAGCGAGUGGCCCCGGGAGGCAUGCUGUUGGUUUCGGGCGGUAGCCUGCCGGAAGAGGAGGGACUCCGGAACUUGAUAUUUCGUGUGGUCAAGCAUCGAUGGCGUCGCCUUGGCAUUGAUGACGAGGCACAAGAGAAAAUUUUUGCUUCUUCCGGCAAGACAUUCUUUGAUAUUCAGGCUGACAAUCUUCAAAAGGUGCUCCAGAAGAUUGAGGCUGAUGGGGAUACAGAGGAUGAAGAUGCGUGUACGUUGCACUUUUCGCCUUUGAAAGAACUCCAACGGGGCUAUUCUGGUAACGUGGUGUGGUUUAGCGAGCGACUAAAGUGA